AAUGGAAGGCUUUGGAAAGUAUAAAUUACCAACAGACACUCAGUAUGAAGGAUCAAUGAAGGAUGGAAUGUUUCAUGGCCAUGGCACACUAUAUUUUCCAGAAGGCAAUAAAUAUGUUGCUGAAUGGGACAAAGGAAAACCCUAUAAUGGAAAAUUUAUUUUUGCAGAUGGCCUUGAGUUUAACGAUACAACCUGGGAUUAUUGCAAUCGCUUUGAUAGACGAUUUUAUACGGAGAUAUGUAAUGGUAUAAAGCCUGCUGGUACGUUGUUUUAA